GGCGGGCGGAGGCGCGCGGAGUGGGUUCCCUGCUUUUGGAGCGUGUGCCGAGCGCGCCUGCCCCGCCAGACAGCGCCCUGCCCCGGCACAGGAUGAGCAACAGCCAGUUCAACAAGGGACCCAGCUACGGCUUGUCAGCCGAAGUGAAGAACCGGCUUGCACUGAAAUACGACCCUCAGAAGGAAGCAGAAUUAAGGACAUGGAUAGAAAGCGUCACCGGAAGAGAAAUCGGCCCCGAUUUUCAGAAGGGGCUGAAAGAUGGCGUUGCACUUUGCGAGCUAAUGAACAAACUUCAGCCGGGUUCGAUAAGGAAAAUUAAUCGCUCAGGGCUCAACUGGCACCAGCUCGAGAACCUCUCCAACUUCAUCAAGGCCAUGAUGAGCUACGGCCUGAAGCCUGUCGACGUCUUCGAAGCCAACGACCUGUUUGAGAACGGGAACAUGACCCAGGUUCAGGUGUCGCUGUUGGCGCUGGCUGGCAUGGCCAAGACGAAGGGGAUUGAUAGCGGGGUCGACAUUGGCGUGAAGUAUUCCGAGAAGCAGGAGCGGUGCUUUGACGAUGCAAAGCUGAAAGCCGGACAGUGUGUCAUCGGGCUCCAGAUGGGCACCAACAAAUGUGCCAGCCAGUCGGGGAUGACGGCUUACGGCACCCGGAGACACCUCUACGACCCCAAGAACCAGAUCCUACCUCCGAUGGACCAUUCCACCAUCAGCCUCCAAAUGGGAACAAACAAAUGUGCUAGUCAGGUGGGCAUGACUGCUCCGGGCACAAGGCGGCACAUCUACGACUCCAAGCUGGGGACGGACAAAUGCGACGACAGCUCCAUGUCUCUGCAGAUGGGCUACAACCAGGGGGCCAACCAGAGUGGGCAAGUUUUCGGCUUGGGGCGGCAAAUCUACGACCCCAAGUACUGCCCCCAGGGCACCCCUGGCGAGGCGGCCAACGCGGCACAUAACGACGGGAACUCGGCUGAAUAUUACUACUAUCAGGAAGGAGAGGAGCAAUGAGCCUGGGCAAAUGGGGGGGGGUGUUUCCUUGUCCCUCUCUGGUUCCCCCCGUCUCUCCCCCCCCACCGAAAGUCACCGUUGUACAGUUCCUGCCUCUUAAUUGCCACAGAUACUGCAAUCUUAUGUAUUUGCAACUUUUUUUGGAUCUUUUCUCCACGUAGCCCCGACAUAUGCAGAGAUGAAAACAAAGGUCUUAUGUUCUUUUUUUAUUUUUAAGAAAGGGAGUCUGAGAUCUAAGGCUGUGUUCACACCACCAUAUUUCAGGGGGUUGGACUAGAUGAAUCAUGGGCUCCCCUUCCAACUCCACGAUUCCACGAGAGCCAAAAAUGAAUUGGGCUGGGCAGACAAAAUAAGUCUGAUGUCGUGCAAUCGCUUUCCUGAACUGGGGAGGAAUCCUGCAUUGCCCACAGACCCUAAUUCUUCGCAACCAUCUGGUCUAGAAAACUCUCCAAAUCCUGGUGUUGUUGCUUUUUUCCGUAGCAAUAAAACACCCAAGCCUUCUGUGCUCACAUUGAAUGGUGGUAUACACAUAGCCUAAGAUAACCAGACUUUCCCGGGGACAGUCCCCGGAUUUAGAAAUCGGUCCCCAUACAAAAUCCAUUGAAGUUGAAAACUGUCCCCAGAUUCAUUGGGAAAACCCCGGUAACGUUAGCCUUUAGAAAUGCCCCCGCUUAAAAUAAUAAUAAUAAUAAUAAUUCUGCAAGGUCUAUUUGAUUUUGUUUCUUUGCUGGAACCUGAAUUAUGCAAAAUUGUUGACCAUUUGCAUGCAUUUUGGUGUCUUUUCAGAAGGUUCUUUGUUUUAUUUUUUGUGAAAGGGAUAUCAGUGUUGGUGCAGCCAUGUGUAUUAGCGAGGGGCGAAGCGGGAAAAGGAAUAUUAACUGGAGGGAAGGGGUCAGCCAGCAGAGCCCAGAAACUCUACUGGCUUCAAGGACAAUAACCUAUUAUCUAAAUAUGUCCAUCACGGGGACUAGAAACUUAGAUUUUUUUUAAAAAAAAUGAAGCAGAGUUCUCUGGAAUCUGUAGCAGAUUUCACACCAAAGCUUGCCUUGUAGAAGGUAAAAUUUUUUUUAUCUACAGCACUUAACACAGUUCAGUUCACCUUUGUGCCUUCAUUUUGGAGCCAGGUUGAAAACUUUUUGCCUGCCGUUGAUGUUCAGUCGAAACAGCAGCCCUGCACACUUCUCAAUUCACACGCCGACAGUGAUAUUUAUUGGAAGCUAGUUUGCAAGCUCAGAUUGUCGCAUGAUCCGGUUUUAAUAUUUUUAGGAAGGCUAGCUGCCGUCCCUGUCUUUGGGGAUUUUUGAUUCCGCCUGGAUCGCUAUUGCUGUAGCCUUUUUGCAUAGUGCUUGGGAUGGCAGAGGUGUUAUAUUUUGGGGUGACAGUUUCCUAAUCCGAUGAGGUCUAGCAGCUUGAAAAGGCUUUCAAGAUUGCAAUUUACCCCCCCCUUCUCCUCAGAGGCCUUAGGUGCCCAUUUCUUGCUGCUACAUACCGUAACUUUUUUUAAGGGACCAAGAAUUCUGUCUUUCAUAAGUAAAACAAAAACUCUUUAAAAAAAAGAAAUCGAAAAGAAGUUUGUAAGCCUUUAUAUAAUGCUUAAAGGAUCUAUUUUUGUUGUUGUGAUGCUGAGGGACCAGCAUGUUGGUUUUUUAAAAAAAUAUGUCCGCACAUCUUAAAUCUUUUAUAAGCAUUCCAUCAGUAGCCUUAAUUUCUCUGUAGGGAAAUAUCUCAUGAUGAUACGAGUCACUAAACCGUCUGUCUUGCUUUGCUAAUGGACGUGAAAAAGGUCGGAAACACUGCAGGCCAACAUCUGAGGAACUCUUGACCAUCUAGAUUUCCAAAACUUUCCCAAACUUGGGUCUCCAACUCUCGUUGGACUACAAUUCCCAUCAUCCCAAGCUUAAGCCAGACCUGUGGUCAUGGAUGAUGGGAAUUGUAGUCUUUUAAAAAAUGAACCGGUGACCCAAGUUUGGGGAACACUGCUAUAGAAAGCUAUAAUCCGCUAAGUUGUUUCCUACUAACUCAAUACUCUUGACUAGACCUAUAUGUGAACGUCUCGUCGAUUUCUGUGGGUCUGCUCUCAGUAGGAGUCUGGGGGGAUAUUUGCAGACUUCGGAACUGCACAUAUUUCUAGUGGGAUGACUCCAAAGAUCUACAGAAACCGACCUGUGUCUCUUCAGAGUUUCUGAUUCCAGAAGUGAGGGAGGGACACAUCGCCCGUCCACGAUCUCCUGCAAUCAGUGCUUUUUUUCCCUUUAAAGAAUGCUUACUCGAGAAAACCACCAUUUUAUAGUUCAAAUUGGGGGGGUGAAAUAUGGGAAAUGGGCAAAAGGACAAAGAUUCACAAAAUGUAUAAGAGGAUAUGCAUACUCCUGCGUACACCCCC